GCCAAGGCUCCGGUGUCCCUCCCCGAAGGGCUUGAAUUUCUAUCCCAGCUCCAGACCCGCGCUUAAUCCCUCGCUCUGGCCAAUAACGCUUUGGCUAAAUUAGGUAAAAUGCACCUGUUGCCAAUGAGUGGGGCCGGAUUGCCACCCAGGAGCUGAUAGGCUGCUGCGGCCGGGGGACCAGCGCCUGGGGCUGCGCCAGCCCGGCCGGACGCUACAAAUUGGGGUGCCAGCGGCACCAGGAAGCUUCUGGGGGCUCUGCUGCAGGAGGUGGUGACUCCCUCGGGGAGGGAAGCAGCAAAGAUGCCGUCAAUGACGGACCAGCAGGCAGAGGCUCGCGCCUUCCUCAGCGAGGAGAUGAUCGCAGAGUUCAAGGCUGCCUUCGACAUGUUCGAUGCUGAUGGCGGUGGGGACAUCAGCACCAGGGAGCUGGGGACAGUGAUGAGGAUGCUGGGCCAGAACCCCACAAAGGAGGAGCUGGAUGCCAUCAUAGAGGAGGUGGACGAGGAUGGCAGCGGCACCAUCGACUUCGAGGAGUUCCUGGUGAUGAUGGUGCGCCAGAUGAAAGAGGAUGCCAAGGGCAAGUCUGAGGAGGAAUUGGCCAACUGCUUCCGUGUCUUUGACCGGAAUGCAGACGGGUUCAUUGACAUCGAGGAGCUGGGUGAGAUCCUGAGGGCCACCGGGGAGCCCGUCACCGACGAGGACAUUGAGGACAUGAUGAAGGAUUCGGACAAGAACAACGAUGGCCGCAUUGACUUUGAUGAGUUCCUGAAGAUGAUGGAGGGGGUGCAGUAAAGGAGCAGACAUUCCUGAGGCCGGCGGCUGUGCCCAGCCCAGCUCCACAGCAGCCAGGGAGCAGCAGCUCCACCGCUCCAUGGCCCCGGCUGCAGCUGAGCCCUGCCCUGCGCCGGCCCCACUGCCACGGCCGAGCUCUUCCUCUGCGCGUGGCUUCAGUGUCAUCCUCAAUAAAGGGAGAGGCUCAA